GCGACUUCAUGAUCCGCUUCGCUUGGCCGGUGACAUGCCGCCGGGUGGGCUUAACUCCAGGACGUUGGCUCCCGGUCAGGCAGCCGCAUAGACACCCUGAAGAGGAGGAGCGAUGACGCAUUUAGUGGGCGGAGCCCCUUCGGCCGUCCUGCGAGAGUCGCCACGUGAGUGUCGGUGGGGCGGCAGGAGCGGCGACAGCGAUGGGCGGCGUGGAGAAAAAGAAGGUACCGCGUGGCUUAAGGCAGGCCCAGCCUGCGCACCGCGUUGCUUUCAUGAGGGGAUGCCGCUUGCUUUCCCGUGUAGCGAAGUAAUGUCUGAAAGUGGAAACACGUUACUUCCGGAACUGGCUACCUAAUACACGGCGGCUUGCGGGUUGUUUUUUUUUACUAUCCUUCUGGUGACGCAGGGCCGUAGCAUGCAGAAGGUCCCAGGUUCGGGUUCAGCGCCUGAUGGUCUCCAGAUAGGAUUAGGAGAAACCCUGAGGAGCUGCUGCCAGUUCGUGUAGACGCUUCUGGGCUAGGUGGGCCAGUGGCCAGACUCGGGAUGUGUUAGCUUCUUAUGUUCCCGUGUCCUGGGGCAGGAGUAGCCGAAGGGAUGCUCUCAAGAUGCUGGACUUCCAACUCGUGUCACUCUCCUCUAUUGUCCACUCUAGUUGGAAGUGCCAUGGGGCAUCUGCAUUCCCUGUAGAAGGUCUGAGGCUUAUUCCCCAGCAUCCCCAGGUGUGGCAGCGAAUGUCCCAUGCCUGAAACCCUGCCAGUCAGUGUAGACCAAACUUUCUUAUCCUUGGGUCCCCAUAUGUUACUGGACACUACAACUCCCAUCAUCCCUGGCUGCUGGCCCUUCUCACUGGGGAUGAUGGGAGUUGUAGUUCAAUAACAUCUGGGGACCCAAGGUUGAGAAAGGCUGGUGCAGACAAAUAGUGAACUAGAUGGUAUAAGGCAGCUUCCAUAACUCAUUGAUAGAGCAUCCGCUUCGUAUGCAGAAGGCAUAUGUCAAUCCUUGGCAUUUCAGGAUUGGGAUGGACUCCUUGCCUGAAACCCUGGAGAGCUGCUGCCCUUCAGCGUCAAAAAUACUGAGCUAGAUGAACCAGCAGUCUGACUCUGCUUAAGGUAGCUUCCUUUGUUCCUGUCUUAGCUGUUUACUAUCUAGGCAUGAAGGCAGCACUGUAGGAUCACUUGCUUUUAAAUUAAUACGCUUAAUUUCUCACUGCGAGCCACUCAGUUCUUUGUUUGGGUUUAACUCGUGGAAGGACAUAUAUUAAGCGUUAGAUAGAUAGAUAAUUUAUUACAGUCGGAGACCAGCUUAUAAAAACACACUUGGGGGUAUUAAGCGUUGUCUCUCUUUUCGUCCCAAAGUACGAGAGGGGUUCUGCCACCAACUAUAUUACCAGGAACAAAGCCCGGAAGAAGUUGCAACUGAGCCUUGCAGACUUCAGGUAAGGAAAGGAAUCAUCGCUUACCAGCUUACUGUGGCCCCUUGAUACAUAUGUGUGUGGCAGGAGUGUCUUGAGUAUUGCAGUGCUGCCUGGCAGGGGUGUAGUUUGUCUCUCUGUACACACAUGCCACUGGAUCUCUGUUUGCAUCUCUCUCGUGGCUACUCACCACAAUGACUCUGCUCUUCCGCAGUCUGAGGAGAGAGUGCUCUGGUGCUCGAGUUCUGCUACUGGGCUUCCUUUGGGGGCAUCUGGGUGGCCGCAGAGAGAACAGGAGGCUGGACUGGAUGGGCCAUUGGCCUGAUCCAGCAGGCCUUUCUUAAGGUCUUAUGUCAGUUCUUAAGGUCUUAUGUCAGGGACGCGGGUGGCGCUGUGGGUAAAACCUCAGUGCCUAGGACUUGCCGAUCGUAUGGUCGGCGGUUCGAAUCCCCGCGGCGGGGUGAGCCCCCAUCGUUCGGUCCCAGCUCCUGCCCACCUAGCAGUUCGAAAGUACUCUUAAGUGCAAGUAGAUAAAUAGGUACCGCUUUAUAGCGGGGAGGUAAACGGUGUUUCCAUGUGCUGCGCUGGUGCUGGCUCGCCAGCUGCAGCUUCGUCACGCUGGCCACGUGACCCGGAAGUGUCUUCGGACGGCGCCGGCUCACGGCCUCUAGAGCGAGAUGAGCACGCAACCCUAGAGUCGGACACGACUGGCCCGUACGGGCAGGGGUACCUUUGCCUUUACCUAUGUCAGUUAGGGCCAGUGUGCUGGUGGUGGAGUCAUAGCAGACCCUGUCGCACUGACUUCUUGGCUUUGGGUUGUAGUGGUGGUGACAGCAGUAUCCUGUCGGAAGCACAAGGGCAGAACCAUUCAGUUAAUAACCUAAGGGUUAAUUCUGUUUACAGUUAGUUAGAAGGUUGUGGUGUUGCCCAGCAGAUUGGCAUGAUUCUUGCCAGGAGAGCUCACGUUCUAACUGGCUGUGUAGUUUCAGAGGAAGUUUUACUCUUUCUCUUUAGUUGCUGAAUAUCUUUCUGCUAUGAACAAGGCUUGUAAAUGAGACAAAACCUCUCUGUCUAUGUCUCCUUAAGUUAUACGCAGUUUUUGUUCAGUUUACCCAAUCAAGUAUUAUCACUUUCACUUCUCUCUGGUCUCCGUCUGCAUUAUUUAGGUGACUGCUAACAGUUCCGACCUGUGAUAGCUUCACAGUGAAUAGCAUUGUGCGUUAUGUUGCCUUAACUUGGCCAACGGGAAACCGACAAGACAUCUGUUCUCUUCCCCACCCCCCUGCCCUUUCCAGGCGACUCUGCAUCCUAAAAGGGAUUUACCCUCAUGAACCCAAACAUAAGAAGAAGGUGAACAAAGGAUCUACUGCUGCCAGGACUUUCUACCUCCUGAAAGACAUAAAAUUUCUCCUACAUGAGCCCAUUGUCAACAAGUUCCGGGAAUAUAAGGUAUUGUGAUCCCACGGGAUCCUGCAGCCAAUCACAAGCAUUAGGUUUAAUAUCACCACCUGGAACAGUUUUAGAGUGCUGACUUUGGAGACGGAUUAGAGGAAGGGAGUUACCAUUUCCUUUCAAGAGCUGCAGUCUAUUUUGUUCCCCCUGCUCAGCGGUUUGGGUUUUAUAGAAAAUUUUGAACUGCAAAGGAAAAAUUUCUGUUUAAGAAUUUCCUGGCUAACCCACAUCACUGAACAGCAGAAGAAAAAGACAUUGAGGCAAACUAAAACUACUGUUUCUGAAAGAGUAACUUCCUUAGGGGACUUAAGUAUCACGAAAUAUCCUGAGUGAUUUAAUUCUGCCUAUUUAUUUUGCUUGUAGCAAGUAAACAAAGUUUGAAAAUUUUGAAACUGCCAAAUGUGCCUGAUACUGUAUUUGAAGUUGGGAUUCAAUCAUUUCUUGUUUCAAAUGAACUUCUGCAACUAAAUAUUUUCCAUGGAAAAAAGAAAGCACUGAAACAUCCCACAUCGCUGCCUUUUCUUUAAUGACUUGAUCCUGAGCCCGGUUGCUAAUGAGAUGCAUUACGUGAUAGAAUAUCAACUCCCUCAAAUGAAAUCAAACUUGUAUUUGUCUGGUGUAAAGUUUAUCAGCCAUUAGUGUUUCUGGCAGAAAAACUAAUGUCAGCAUGUGUCACCUACAAAGAGAUUGGGUGCUGCUGCCUCCUAGCUGCAGAAGCGAGAGGGGGGACUUAAGAUACAACUGGCGCUCACUGUCUGCACUUUCUGGAAACAAUUGAAGACAUUUUGUUCUGACCAGACUUUUCCAACUGCAUAAAGUGUCCACUUGUUAAGGUUUUAGUCUUGUUUUAAAUGUUUUUGUUGCUUCUGUGUUUUUAAUUAUCUUACUUGUAAAUUGCCUUGAGAUGUUGGUUAAGAAGGUGAUUAUUAAAUCUGUAGUGAUGAGGAUGAUAGCGUAAUGUUGGUGGACAGCAGACUAGGUCAGGGAAUUCUAGACUGGGUGGCCAGCAGCUGGCAAGGGCACCUGUGUCUGAACCCUUUCUUCCCCACAAGGUGUUUGUCCGCAAAUUGCGCAAAGCUUACGGGAAGAGCCAAUGGAACACUGUGGAACGGCUGAAGGACAACAAACCUGGAUAUAGGUUGGACCACAUUGUCAAGGAAAGGUAAGAGAUGGGAGGCCCAAGGGAGAACCUUGCAGAGGAACCACAAUGGGGAUCCAAGUAACUGGGCACACAGGAGGGUCAGGGGAUGGGAGUGCAGUACCCUCUGGCCAAAGAGGCACCGGUACCAGGAGCUCAUCCUGUGGAUGUGCCACUGGGGCUGGCCCUACAUGCAGUUACCCUUCUGAUCCAGAAUCUUCAAUUUCGUCCCCAGCAGAAGGGGGAUCCGAUCCCAUGGGGACAGGGCAAGCUGACUAUAGUCCGGUUGUUUAUAAAGCACUCUGGGAUGAUUAAGGCUGUGUGAGUUACAUGGUCUUGUUCUUCACCUCCCCCUUGCAGGUACCCAACCUUCAUUGAUGCCCUGCGGGACCUUGACGACGCUCUUUCCAUGUGCUUCCUCUUCGCCACCUUCCCGCGUACCGGCAAGUGCCACGUUCAGACAAUCCAGCUGUGCCGCCGCCUCACUGUGGAGUUCCUCAACUACGUCAUCUGCUCGCGCUCUCUACGCAAGGUGAGCUGGGUGAGAGGCUAUGGGGAGUUACAGAUCCAGGAAGGGGUUGGCUUUAUUUCAGGUAGAUCAACACACAUCAAGCUGGGUCUUCAGCAUCCUGAUGCCCUCCAGAGGUUUUUGUUGGAACCUGCGAUCAGCCGAGCUCCUCCGGAAUCGCCUCCGACGUGAUUAACGACCUGAGCCUUUGAUAAGGCUCCAGGCACAUUCCCCAUUACGCAGAGAAUCAAAGCAACACGCAGAAGUGAUGAGAUUUAUGGCUACAUCACUAUGCUUUAUUACUAACUACGCAGACAGAAAACACAUCCUCUCUCUGUGAAAGCAGAGAGCCAGUGUGGUGUAGUGGUUAAGAGUGGUAGACUCAUAAUCUGGUGAACCGGGUUCAAUUCCCCGCUCCUCCACAUGCAGCUGCUGGGUGACCUUGGGCUAGUCACACUUCUCUGAAGUCUCUCAGCCCCACUCACCUCACAGAGUGUUUGUUGUGGGGGAGGAAGGGAAAGGAGAAUGUUAGCCGCUUUGAGACUCCUUCGGGUAGUGAUAAAGCAGGAUAUCAAAUCCAAAUCCCAACUCAACUGAACAAACAAAGGAACAGGAAACCAGUAACAUCACAUCCGUCUCCUGUCUUCCGUGAGACUUCCAACAGUCUGGAAUCCCAGGAAUGUAAACAGGGUCCUGUGACACCAAGCACUGCACAGUGGCAAACAGAAACUAACAGUUUUCGCCCCCUUUGGCUGCGCUUGCUGGUGCUGGUGAGAAUUACUGCCUGCAACAUCUGGCUGGCUUAAGCGCUCCAUCACUGCCUUGACCAACCUGGUGCCCACCAGAAGUUUUAGAACCCUGACAGACUGAUGGGGGUCGUAGUCCAGAACAUCUGGAGGCCACCAAGUUGAGGAAGGCAAUAUCAGAGAAGUGGCCGGCCUUUUUUCACCUGCACUGGACUUCUCCGUUGUGUUCUGUGUUGAUUCUCCAGCUGAAACCACCCUCUGUCCUCCCCUUGCCAGGUGUUCCUGUCCAUCAAAGGCAUCUACUAUCAGGCAGAGGUGAUGGGGCAGCUUGUCACCUGGAUAACACCCUACGCCUUUUCCCACAAUGUGAGUACUGGGGCAAGAUUUCCUGGGAUAGUUUUGUUAAUCUCAUUGUCAUUCCCUGCAAAACAAAGGCACUGACCCCUUCAGUAUCAUGGGAUGGAAGGGCCAUAGCUCACCAGCAGAGCACCUGCUUUGCAUGCAGAAGAUCCCUGGUUCAUUCCCCAAAAGUAUCUCCAAGUACGGCUGGAAAUUCCCCCUUCCUGAAAGCCAAGAGAACUGCUGUCAGUCAGUAUAGACAGUAUUAAGCUAGACGGACCAAGGAUCAUACUCAGAAUAGGGCAGCUUGCUAUGAUAAAUCUUUCAGUUUUGGUGGCUAUUUCCCCCUGUUUUUAAGUUCCAUACUAUAUCUUUCUUAACAUAGAUAACAUAGAUUCCUGUGGCGGAUCAUUUUGCUUGCCCUUUUCUGCAAUCUUCUUUUUGAUGUGAGGCCACCAGAACCCUCCAAUCAAUGGUGCCCUGGCUGUGCCUUGGCCCACCUCCUCGUCCCCAUUGGCCGCCCAAAGGGAACUAGGAGACCGUGACCUGGGCCUUGAGCCUUUUGCCCGUGGUGCAUGUUGACCUCUUGUCCUUGGUUAUUCCAGCUGAGCUUCCCUUGGGUCGAAGAAUCAUUAACUUUAGAAAAUGGGCACUGCAGUAGUGACCUUAAUUAACAAUUAACCACCCCCCCGGAACACUGCUCAGCUGGUGGGCAGCCGGAUAUUUGGACACAUUUGGCCCUGUCCGUUGGCUUGCAUAACUUAAAUCUGUUGCUUUUCCCAUCAGGCCAUGCCUUAAUGCACCUUACAGAUAUAAUAGCAACAUAUACAACCACGCCUUGUUAAAGGGGGUUGUUUGGAUAACAGGUGCUGCUGUUGGCAAGCAGGCAGAAGGGGGAUAAAGCAAAUAAUUUAGUUAGACAGUGCCUAUGUGAUAUCGAGCAGCAGAAUAAUCUGGCCACAAUCAGGAAAUUUUGUCCAUGGUGUGAUUGUUUCCCACCAAGUCAUUUUGACACUUUGGAACCCUGCUUGUAAAAUUUAACAAUUCCAAAAUACAGACACGCUUUUGCUUUCGCAAGAUUGAAUAUACUCCCUUUGGCUGUACUUGAGGGUCGAUUUCAGAAAAUUCCCCUUUAAAAACACGUCCCUGCUGAGAUGACAGUAUUGGGUCAGUGGCUUAUAUGCUUCUGGCUUGUAUAAAGGUUUGAGGAGUGAGGUUAUUACCUCUCUAUUAUUGUCCAUGCCGAGUCGCUCAACCAUUCCUACAGUGUCCUUUCUUUUAGCAGAUGAAGAUGAUCAAGUGACGGCAAAAACUGCAAGGUUUUUAGCGGGGGCAAUUACAAUAAGAUCUGUUAUUUGAUUAUUGAUGUAAACCCCCAAAAUGUAUUUUCUAUAGUUAAGUUUUUACCUCUAUCUUCAGUACAUUUUAUUUUAUUGCUGUGGCUAGUGGCUGAUGCAAAUAAAGAUUAUUCUGCUUCAGGCGGAAGGGGGAUGGUUGCAGUCGGGCUGAGAAAGCCAAGCAGCUUAGACUUAGAGAAGAGGAAGGGAGAUGAUGACUUCUCCACCCACAGAGACGCCCCAAAGGGAAGUCCAAAAGCAGCAGCCAAGCUCAGGAGACCUCUUCCCUCCUGUAGUUUCCAGCAACUGGUGUUCAGAAGCAUUGCUGCCUUCAGCUGUGGGGGCAGAGCAUCAUCACCAUGUCUAAUAGCCAUUGAUAGCUUUACUCCUCUUGUAAAGCCAUCCAAGUCGUUGGCCGUCACUGCCUCCUGCAGGAGUACGUUCUGUAUCUCUGCAUAGAGCUAUGAAAGUGAAGAUGUUACUACAGUGGUACCUCUGGUUGCGAACGGGAUCCAUUCCGGAGGGCCGUUCACAACAUGAACAAAGCGCAACCCGCAGCGCUUUGGCGCAUGCAUGUGACAUCGUUUCGCGCUUUGGUGCAUGCGCGAGCGGCGAAACCCGGAAGUAACCCUUUCCGGUACUUCCGGGACGUAACCUGAAAGAACGUAACAUGAAUUAAACGGAACAUGAGAUAUGUCUGUAGAGAAAACUUCUACAUGGAAGUAGAACUGGGUGUUUUGAAAGGGGUGUGUGUGUGUUACAGUGGCUUAAUCGGCACCCCUCUUUCCUCCCAGCACCCAACAGACGUGGACUACCGAGUCAUGGCCACCUUCACGGAGUUCUACACCACUCUCGUGGGCUUCAUUAAUUUCCGCCUCUACCAGUCCAUCAACUUGCACUACCCUCCAAAGGUGAUGAAUUCACUGUGUAGAAUUGAGAAAAACAACUGGAGGGCAGGGGAAAUCCCAGGGACUUGAGACUCAAGCUGGUGUACGUGGCUCUCCCUCUCCCAAUUUAUCCUUGCAAGAACCCUGUGAGGUAGAUUAGGCUGAGAGAGGCAGUGACUUGGCCAAGGUGACCCAGAAGCUUCAUACCCAAUUGCCGGCUUAGUGCGGUAAGGUUUUGAUUCCUUCAUUAACCAAAAUAUUUAUAUCAAGGAGGCCGCAAGAGUACUUUGACAUGGAACCUGUGGGCCAUUCACUGCCUUGUCAAGUGAGGGGGGGGGAGUGAGGCCAAAAUUUGAUGCUGCCUUCCCAGAGCUGGCUAAGUGAGGCUCUGGGCUUUGGGAAGGAGAUGCAAGGCUCAGGCAGGGUCUUAGAACUCUCACACCUCCUCCCAAAGCUUGGAAAGUGCUACCUAGGCUUUGGGAAGGAGGUGAGGGCUCUAGGACCCUGUCAGAGCCCUCGUGCCUCCUUCCCCAAGUCCAGCAUCUUGCUUACUUGGCUUUGGGAAGGCAGUGCGGGGGCAUCAAAUUUUGAUUCGGCCGUCAUCACGUUGGACCACCUUGAUUUUAAAGCAGCAGACCUGUCACUUUAAAAGGAAUGACAAAAAACUUGAAAAAUGAACUGGUCACAAAAGCACAGAAGGGAUGGGGAGAGAGAAAGAUCAGGCAAUUUCGAGGGUCAUGCUGGGUGCCACUCAUGAAAAGGCCCCGUCCCACAUCCCAACAGACCAAAAUCUGGGUGUGGGUGAGAGAGAUGGCUCUCCUCCAAUCACCACCAUGGCUGGGCGGGGUCAAGGAGGGUUAAAGGCAGAAAAGCCCUGAAGGCUGGGGCUGCCAGUCAGCAGGAAUGUUCUCUUGUUAAACUGAUUCUGUGGAAGGAGGUCAUCCCUGCAUCUGUGUGUAUUUCAGAUCGAAGGCCAGUCCCUGUCAGAGCUGACGCCAGAGGAUGGGGAGGUGUACGCCUUGGACUCUGAGAGCUACCUGGAGGUGAGUGGGCAGGAGUCCCCAAGAAUCACCUGUCUGGGCCUUGGAUGGGGAACAACAGUCUGUUAAUUGCUGGACAUCUUUAUCCCCUCAGAAACUGUCGGCUCUCAGCACCAGCCUGGCCCAGGUGGUGACACCUGACCUGACCUAGCUUAGUCAGUGUUGAGGGGGGUGGGGGUGGUAGUUGCAGUUCCACAACAUCUGAGAACCCCGAGCUUGAAGAUCAGUGCUGUAGAUCGGACCCUGCAAUUGGCAGGUGAGGCCUUGUUGGUUGCUGCUGCCACUGGGGGCUGCCUGAUUGGCAUUGACCCCUGACAGGGCCUUUUCAUUGGUAGUUCCCUGUUGGCCACUCUCCAGUUCUGCUUUAUUUCCUGCCCCAAAUGAUCAUUCCAAGGGAACGGCAAACCGCCUCUGUUUCUGUUUCAUCUGCACCUGGUGACACAAUUAAGUAUCUGCUAAUUGCUGGACAUCUUUUUCCCCUCAGAAACUGUCGGCUCUCAGUGCCAGCCUGGCCCGAGUGGUGGCACCCGACCCGGAGGACGAGGCAGUCGUGGAUGAGUUCCCCGUGGAGGAAGUAAGUUCUUGCCCGGAGCUCUAGAGUAGGGGAGGGCCUCCACAGAUCCACCCCUCCCACCAAAAAAACCACCACCACCUGUAACUGUGGCCUGCUGGGAAUGGGGCACUGGCCCUUUGUGGGAACAGUGAAGCCACGCAGCAUAAGUCGCCGUUCCAGCCCAUUUCAGAGGGGCUGGGAAGGCAAGGCCAGAAGUCAGAGGGGCUUCUCUUGGACUGUAGCUUUCCUUAGCCUUGGUGGUGGGUACCUGAGAUGGGAGAGCUCCCCUGAACUCGCCUCAGGUUAACGAAGAAGUCACCCAAGAUCUUCGUAACCUGAUGCCCCUGGAUGCUUUGUACUCUAACUCCCAAGGCUGAUGGGAGUCAUACUCCAAAAACAUAUGGAGGGCAUCGAGUUUGGGAAGCUUAGCCUAGAAGGGAUCUCACUGUGCCUUUCUCCCCCCUACACCAGGAGAGCGCAGAGCAAGAGGAGGCCCGGAAAAAGGAGCAGGAGGCCCUGGAGAAGCAGAAGAGGCUCUUUGAAGGCCUUCGCUUCUUCCUCAACAGGGAGGUGCCCAGGGAGCCUCUGGCUUUCAUCAUCCGGUAUGUAGCACGGUCGCUCUGCCUUAGGCUUUUGGCUCUGGGGAUUUUGCCAGGUGCAUCCCAGGCCUUGGUAGUUUGGCUGGAUUUUGAUGGCCCUAUUGGGGUGGGGAGAAGAGGGGAGUCUACAUGCAAGGACCCCGAACCCUGGCCUCAUUCCAGGCUUAAGGGCUAAGACUGCAGCCCUAGCCCCACUUACCUGGAGGUAAGCCCCACUGAGUUAUUCUAAUAAUUUGUUUUAUUGCCUGCCCUUCAGCCAAAAGUCCCAGGGCAGGUCGCAGCAAUUUAAAAUGCGACCUUUAAAAGGAGUUUAAAACAAAUCGUGAUCACAGGAAUAAAGUGAGUCCUGAAAGCACACACCUCCAGUGUCAAAGGCCAGGGUAAAGAGAUAGAUCUUAUACAUGCAGCUAAGCCUGUACAUUCAAGGUGCCAGCUGUACCUUUGUCAGGAGGGAGUUCCGUAACUGGGGGACUGCCACAGAAAAUGCCCUUUCCCACGCCAACAUCACCCCAGCUUCUGAGAGUGGGUGAACUGCCAAGAGGGCCUGCUGUGCUAAUCUUAACAUCCAAGAAAGCCUGUAGGGAAGGAGGCCGCCUUGCUGAUAUUUGGGGCCUUAGGCAUUUAGGGCUUUAAAGAAGUAAUAAUAAUAAGACGCGGGACACGGGUGGUGCUGUGGUCUAAACCACUGAGCCUCUUGGGCUUGCCGAUCAGAAGGUCGGUGGUUCGAAUCCCUGCAACGGGGUGAGCUCCUGUUGCUCAGUCCCAGCUCCUGCCAACGUGGCAAUUCGAAAGCACGUCAAAAAGUGCAUGUAGAUAAAUAAGUACCACUCCGGCAGGAAGGUAAACGGCGUUUCCGUGCGCUGCUCUGGUUUUGGUGUUUCGUUACGCCAGAAACAACUUAGUCAUGCUGGCGUAGGGUGUUAUCCAGGUGACAAGCCACAUGAUCCGGAAAAACUGUCUGCAGACAAACGCUGGCUCCCUCGGCCUGUAAAGCGAGAUGAGCGCCACAACCCAAGAGUCAUCUGCAACUGGACUUAACUGUCAGGGGUCCUUUACCUUUACCUUUUCUUUUAAGAAGAAGAAGAAGAAGAAGAAGAAGAUGAUCUGACUGGGUUACCAGAGCCUCUCUGAACUGCUCCCAACAAAGUAUUAUAAACACAAAAUAGCAUCAGCCAUUAAAAUCUUCCCUGAACAGGGCUGCCUUCAGAUGUCUUCUGAAAGUCAAAUCAUUGUUUAUCUCCUUGACAUCUGACGGGAGGGCACCACUACUGAGAAGGCCCUCCGCCUGCUUCCCUGUAGCUUCACGUCUCACAGUGAGGGAACCACCAGAAGGCCCUCAGAGCUGGACCUCAGUUGAAUUGUGUGCAGAAACAGACUGGCAACCAAUUCAGUAGGACUCAUUUCUGAGCAGGCAUGGUUGGGUUUGUGCUGUAGGGUUUGGUCUUCCUGUUUGAUUGGUUCAAGAGGGUGUGUGUCCUCGUCCCCUUUCUGGCAGGUGCUUUGGGGGCCAAGUGUCCUGGGACAAGUCUGUUUGCAUUGGCGCUACCUAUGAUGUGACGGACCCAACCAUCACCCAUCAAAUCGUCGACCGGCCUAGUCUGGAAAAGCAAGUGAUAGGCAGGUGAGUGCAGCAGUCUCUUGGUCGGGACUCCCAUCAGCCCCAGGCAGCAUGUCUUCCAGCCAGGGAUGGUGGGAACUGUAGUUUGACAACAUCUGGAAAGCCUCAGGUUGGCUACCUCUGGGAUAAAGGCUUGGAGGUUCACAGCAAGAUCAAGGGUCUCAGAUUCCCCCCCCCAUCCACCCGGUUCUGGAUCACUUGUCCAUUCUGGUUUUUGAGAGACUGGGCUUGUGUUUCUCCCCAGGUAUUACAUCCAGCCGCAGUGGGUCUUCGAUUCAGUCAAUGCCAAGCUGUGCCUUCCGGUGGCAGAUUACUUCCUCGGCGUCCUGCUGCCUCCUCACCUCUCACCGUUCGUGACUGAGAAGGAAGGGGACUACAUCCCACCAGAGAAGCUGAAACUGCUAGCCUUGCAGAGAGGUGACGAGCCAGGUAACGCGAUGCUCCGUGAACCGGGGCCCAUGGUUCUUCAGACUUGGGUCCCCUGCCAAUAUUAGACUGCAACUCCCAUAAUCCCCAGUUGCUUAGUCAGUGUUAUUGGGGGGGGACAGUUCCACAACAUCUGAGAAUCCCCCAAGCUUGAAAAUCAGUGCCACUGGGGGCUGCCUGAUUGGCAUUGACCCCUGACAGGGCCUUUUCAUUGGUAGUUCCCUAGUUGCGGAAUUCCCUCCCUAGUGAGACACACCUGUUGUCAUCAUUAUUAACUUUCAGGAGGAAUUUGAAAGCAUUUCUCUUUACCCAUAAAUUUGGUGGCUGAAGAAUACUGUUCCUGCGGUCUGAGCCUCUUGGACUUGCUGAUCGGUAGGUCGGCAGUUCAAAUCCCUGCAACGGGGUGAGCUCCCGUUGCUCUGUCCCACUCCUGCCAACUAGCAGUUCGAAAGCACACCAGUGCAAGUAGAUAAAUAGGCAUUUCUGUGGCAGGAAGGUAAACGGUGUUUCCAUAUGCUCUGGUUUCCAUCACGGUGUCUCGUUGUGCCAGAAGUGGUUUAGUGAUGCUGGCCAUAUGACCUGGAAAGCUGUCUGUGGACAAACGCCGGCUCCCUCGGCCUGAAAGCGAGAUGAGCACCACAAUCAUUCUGAUGUGUUCUGUUCAGUGAAUGGUGAGGGGCUUUCUUCUCGCAAGCCUGCCUUACCUGUGUGGCGCUCACGGAAAGUAACACGAGGUGGUUCCUUCCUGUAGGAGAAGAGAGCGGAUCGGAAGAACAGGAAGAGAGUGACGAUGCCACAGAAGGCUCGGAGGACGAGGAUGAGGGUUCUGAGAAAGAAGACGAGGGGAAGCUGAAGAAGAUGGAAGCGCAGAGGACCCAGAGCAAGGUACGUGGGAGGAGAGGCACAAUUGUUUCCUGAAAGUUUUGCCUGCCUCCGGGUUGCCCUUUUGAGUUUGUGAUUUCCUCCUCCCCCUCCCACAGGCCCUCCCGGUGAAGGUGACGGCAGGUAAAGUCCUGAGAGAGGACAAGCAGCGGCUGGCGCAGGAGGAGCAGAGCGAGGAGAAGCGCUUGGCCAUCAUGAUGAUGAAGAAGCGGGAGAAGUACCUGUACCAGAAGAUCAUGUUUGGGAAGAGGCGCAAGAUUCGAGAGGUAUUGUCACAAUGGGCCACUCCUUCCUGUCCUGGGCUUGAGCUGUCUUGCUGUGCUGGGCCUAGGAAAAGGUUGCGGGUGUGUCCUACAAAGUUGUCCUGUUAGGUUUCCCACCUGCACUGUGGGACUUCCUCUCCCCACCACAUGCCCCUCAAAUCUGGAGCAGCUUUGCAAGGGGAGUAACACAGGGGGCAAGGGAAGGCGGAGGAAGUCAUGUUGUGCAGUCCUUAGGACCAUAGGAUGCUUUCUUCUGCCGAAUCAGACCAUUGGUCCUUCCUGAUUAUUAUUUAUGAUGAUGAUGAUGAUUAUUAUUAUUCAUACCCUUCCCAUCUGGCUGGGUUCCCCAAGCCACUCUUGGUGGCUCACAACAGACUAUUAAUAAUAUGAUAAAACAUCAAGCAUUAAAAACUUCCCUGAACAGGGAAGCCUUCAGAUAGUUGUUUAUUUCCUUCAGAUAGUUGCUUAUUUCCUUGACAUUUGAUGGAAGGGCGCUCCACAGGGCAGGCACCACUACCGAGUAGGCCCUCUGCCUGGUUCCCUGUAACUUUGCUUCUCGCAGUAAAGGAACUGCCAGAAAGCCCUCGGCGCUGGACCUCAGAGUCCGGGCCGAACAAUGGGGGUGGAGACGCUCCUUCAGUUAUACAGGGCCGAGGCCGUUUAGGGCUGUAAAGGUCAGCACCAACACUUUGAAUUGUGUUCGGAAACGUGCUGUGAGCCAGUGUAGGUCUUUCAGGACCGGUAUAAUAUGGUCUCGGUGUCCACUCCCGUUCACCAGUCUAGCUGCCGCAUUCUGGAUUAGUUAAAGACUGAUUUAAAUAGGGAAAUAGGAAGCUGCCAUACACUGAGUCAGAACAUGGGUCCACGUUGCUCAGUAUUGUCGGCACUGGUGGGCAGCAUCUCUCCAAGUGUUCAGACAGAAUCUUCCACAGUCCUACCUGGAGAUUUCUUGGGUUGAACCUGGGACCUUUUUGUGUGCAAAGCAGAUACCCUGUUACUGAGCUAUAGCACAAACAGGAUUACAGCAUUUUGUUGGAUGCAGUCCAAGAUUUCCCCCCUUUCUUCAAGUGAGUCAUGGGCUUUGAACAGCAAUUUGAUCUGCAGACAUAAGCACAGGAGUAGCCAAGAUGGUGAUUGUUGGACUGCAACUCCUAUCAGCCCCACCAUAGCCAAUGGACAGGGAUGAUGGGAGUUGUAGUCAAGCAACAUCCAGAAAGGCACUGUCUUGGCUACAACCGCCUUAGCGAUGCUCGACUCUAGGCUGUAAAAAGCUAACCCUCCUUGUUUCCAAACAUAAAGCUCUUGCAAGGCAUAGGAGGAAGACAGGCAGGAUUUUUUUUUUCUAGAUAAUUUUUAAACUUACAAAAGAGGCAGUCACUAGCGUUUAUUGUUAAUUUCAAGUUAUAAAUAGUAUUGGCAAAUCCAAGAUUACCAUUCCAGAGUAGCCUCUUUGUUGGGAUCUUCUUAUCACAACUCACACACACACACCCCCACACCCCGCCUUCCUUAAACAUUACAAAAUAAACAUUGAACUCUGCUGCAGCAAUAUCCUAUGAGUCACGCAUCCAGCACUGCCAUUGCAGGAAGAGAAGCGGCUUGUAUGUGCGCAGGGCCACAUUGUCCUCUGCUUCUGCCUUGUGCGUUUGUGGGUAUUAGCUGAGGCAGUCUUAGCUCUCCCUCUGCAACAUCUGGCAUUCAAUAAAGCAGGCAUAGAAAACCUUUGGCCUGCCAGAGGUUAUUGAACUACAACUCCUGUUAGCCCCAGCAAGCGCGACCAAUGACCAGGAAUGAUGGGAAUUGUAGUCCAACUGGAGGACCAAAUAUUCCCCACACAGGCAGUGAAGUGAUGGAAAGUUGGUGCUCACUACACAAAACGUACCUGAUCUUAAGUUUGUGGAGUGUGCCACAUACUUUUUUUCCUUUAGAUUGGUUUUAUUGAAAGAUUUUCAUGGCUAACAGUGCUCCAUAUAUCAUCUCUUGUUUUUAGUUCAUAGUGUCUUUUUCACAGUCAGUUACAUUUGGUGUGAGUCAUUGCUAUCGUAGGCAUUGUGAGUUUUGGGGGUGGGGAGACAGGAGUGGGAGAGAAGGGGGUAGUGUUGUUUCCUUCUGUUUCAUAGUGUGUGUAUGGAGUUUUGUUUCAGCAUCACGUGGAUAGUUUCGUUAUCUAUUCAUAUAUUUGUUUUCUUUGGCGGUGCAGCAGGUUGGGGAGCCCAGAGCUUGGUUGUUUGCAUUUGAUUAAGUAGCAGUGAGUUUUGUUUGAUUGUGGGACAACUUCAGAAGAAACACGCUUUAAUCCAGACUUGACCAAUCUGUUGCCUUCCAGAUGUUUUGGACUACAACUCCCAUCACGACUGCUGGCUGGGGCUGAUGGGAUCUGUAGUCCAAGACAUCUGGAAAGCACUAGGUUGGCCAAGGUUGCUUUAUUUUGUCUGAUGCUGAAAAUUCAAGCAUUGACCUAACAUGUCAUUUGGGGGGGGGGGAGAGAAAGGGGGGACUUGAGCAAGAGUGUAUAGGGUCAAUAUGGGGCUGCUUUUGGAGAGCAGAUUCAUUGGUUCAUAGAAUUAAUGAACUGUAUGCCACUCUCUGUGACCCGAAGUGCCGUGUUGCUGCAAAAAUCUCUCCAUGUCCCCUACUCUUUCACUUCUGCGAGAAAUUAACCUGAAUCUCGAGGUCUUCUUGGCUUGAGAGUUCCAAUCCAAGCAUUCGGGUGCCCAGCACCCAUAUUAACAGAGGACGAUGGCCUGCAAAGGGGUGUUUGCUCAGUGAAAUUGCUCGUGAUAUACACAGAGGCUGCCCAUCAGUGCCUCCUAUAUUAGCUGGGAAAGAUAUCAGAAUUCCACAAUGCACAAAAGACUGUUUGCGGUUCCUGCUCAGUUUCUGUUUGCACUGACUUGGCAUCUGCUGUGCUGAACGCACCUCUUUAAACAUGCCCACAUUUCACUGGGCGUCAGAAUUGGACACGCUCCCUCCCUUCCAUUUUGAACAGAGGAGAACUGCAAAUAGCUUCUCUCUGAGCCAGUGCAGGGGUGGCUGAUGUAGGUGACUUCCCUUCACAUAGAGGAAUGGGUGGCAGUGCUCGUGGCAUUUGGUUUUCCUGUCUCUUUUCUUGCCUUUCUAGAUGUGGCAGCCAUUUUAUCUUACACUACACUCCCCCCACACACACAUCAGCCAUUUUGUGACUGGCACCCACAGCCCUUUCCCAAAAUUCCAAAUGGGCCCACUGACCCAAAAAAGUCGGCAGCCCCUGCUGUAUAUACCACAUGUGUCAAAAGAAAAGUUGAAUUUUUGAGGCAUGAACUAAUGCAUUUUAUUCUUUCCUCCCCUCUCAGGCUAACAAACUAGCAGAGAAACGAAAAGCUCACGACGCGGUAGUGAAAUCGGAGAAGAAGAAAAUGAAGAAAGCACAAUGAGAGUAACAGAGGCCUCUCAUCCCAGCCUGUCCCUUCUCACACAGGCCUACAAGAUGGGCACUUUGGGCCUUUCAGCUGUUGGUGGGAUGCCUCAGAAUUCUGGCUUCUUCCCCUGAAUCCAUUUUCACCAAGGUGGACUCCUGUGGGAUGAUUGGGCCUAGUAGUACCUUGGGCUUCAAGGGAAAGAAGAUCCGCUUUAUUUAAAAACACAUCUGAAUUCUCCUCAGUUCCCAUCAGGGUUUUCUCGUUGUAUGAUGGUUGCUUUCAUGCAUUAGAUUCGCCAGUCAGGACAGGCUUUCUAGGCUUUGAUAGAAACAAAAAACGCAUGAGGCCACCUCUCCCCACUGGUAAACGUGUGGGUAACUGAGAGGGUGUGAAUAAGUCACACUUUCUGUAAGUGACUUUUCGUAAGAAAAAGUCUCUCUGGCUAUUUUGGCACAGGGAAUAAGUAGGCCUGAGGUCUGCAAGACCACCACAGAGUCCACCCCUUAAUUUUAAAUGUCACUUUCUUCCAGUUGGUGAGCAUAUGGGAAGGAGCUUGUGGUCUUCCCAGAGGGCAGAAUUGCCUCUGAACUGUUGCUGUGCUUUGUAAAGAAACCUCUUUACACUGUUGAUGCAAGGGCUCAGGUUGAACAGUCCUGUCUUGGUAAAUGGAACAGCUUGGGGAUUUUAGGGGUAAUGGGGUGUGUAUCCACCACCACCCCAGCCUUGCUUUUGUCUUCUUUGAUUCUGAUGCUGCCCCAUAGCACCCAUUCAUAGCCUGGACAGCUAAAGAAUGCAUCUGGACCCCAAACCUCUUCCGCAUUUUGUAUUACAAUUUUAAAUCGCAGAAUAAUUUACGUUCUCUUUUAUUAAACUGAGCUUUGAAACGAA